AGCUUUCUGACCCCUCUCGCUCUCCCUGACUUCAAAAUAUAACAAUAAUCCCAGCUGCGAUUAAAGAGUCUCUCUUCCACAGCACUCAUGGCCCCAAAGAAAAUAGAAGCCAAGAAGCCGGAGCCUAAAAAACCUGAGCCGAAGAAGCCCGAGCCGAAAAAAGAGGCCGCAGCAGCAGCACCGCCUCCCGCCGCUCCGGUCGAACCUGAGCCACCCAAAGAGCCCGCGUUUGACCCCAAGAGCGUGACGCUGGAGUUCACAGCCGACCAGAUCGAGGAGUUCAGGGAAGCCUUUCAGCUGUUCGACCGCACGCCAAAGAACGAGAUGAAGAUCACGUACGCGCAGUGCGGAGACGUGAUGCGGGCGCUCGGUCAGAACCCCACCAACGCCGACGUCCUCAAGGUCCUCGGGAAGCCACGGCCUGAGGAGAUGAACAGCAAGAUGCUGGACUUUGAGACCUUCCUGCCCAUGCUGCAGCACAUCUCCAGGUCUAAGAAUAAAGGCAGCUUCGAGGACUUUGUCGAGGGCCUGAGGGUCUUUGAUAAAGAAGGCAACGGAACCAUCAUGGGGGCAGAACUGCGGCACGUCCUGGCGACGCUCGGGGAGAGGAUGACCGAGGACGAGGUGGAUCGACUCAUGGCGGGACAAGAAGACGCCAACGGAUGCAUCAACUACACCUCUUUUGUCAAACAUAUUCUCUCUGGUUAAGAUGGACUUGUGUUUAGGAAAUAUAAUUAUUGCUACAUGAAGGUGUUUGGUGUGUUAGUGGCUGCUUCAUUUAAAUGUAGGAGACAAAAUUAACUUUUACAAAUAUUUAAUUUCUUCUGUUUACCAGAAUCCAUGAAUAAUAUAAAGAAGGAAUAAAACAUGACUGCCAUGUCAUGAAGAGUUUUAUUCCUUUUAUUCCAUUUUUUAUCGAUUAAAGAUCAUACUUUUUAUCCAUUUACAGUAUAGUUCCAUUUAAUAUCAUUCUUCUUCACCUCUGACUGGAACUGGAGACUCCUUCCCUGAACAACAAAUUAUUCUCUUGACUGUUAUUGUCAUUCAAAUAUGUACCGAUCCCUUCCGACCAAUCAGAAUCCAGAAUUCACCAGCGUAGCGAUAUAAGGCACGAAUAACACAGUCGUCCUUUUUAAGGAGGCACAAACAUGGCAUGUCUUCAGGUAACCUUUCACUUUUCUAGCUGUACAUCUGAAAUCCUCAUCUCAGCGUCACCACGCUUACGCUUCAGUGUGAAACGCCAGGAGGGAAACAUUAAAGCACUCAAAUCGC